UUAUAGAUUAAGCUUUCUUCUGAAAUGCACAUACAGACCCGUCAAUAUGCGCAUAGUUCGUAAACGUAAUCUGUAUUUGAUUUCCAAUUUCGGAUAUCAACAUCUUUUCGGAUUGGCUGUGGUUAGGGAUCCUGUGUUCCAACUCGUGAAAAAUGAAUGAACAUUAGUAUGGCUGCGGCAUUAGAAGAGAAAGAGAAAGGUUCUGAAUGUGAAGAUGUGUUUGGAGGACCAGUGUUUGAACCAAGAUUAUACAUACAGAGAUAUUUCUAUGCAAAACAACAGCUGGCAAAGUUUGGUGUAAAACAUGUUGUAGAUUUCGGCAGUGCAGAGUGCAAAAUUUCACGUUUCCUUGUUCAGAUUCCAACAUUAGAGAAGUUGGCUCUUGUUGACCUUGACCAAGGACUCCUUGAAUGGAAUAAAUACAGUAUUCGACCUUUGACAUGUGAUUACCUGGAAAAGCGUGAUCUUCCGUUACAAGUACAGGUGUUUUGCGGAAGUGUAACAGAACUGGAUGAAUCUGUAAUUGGCUGUGAUGGUGUGAGCAUGGUAGAACUCAUAGAACACCUGCAUCCAGAGGUACUAUCUGCAGCAGUAGCUAUGGUGUUUGGUAAACUUCAGCCAUGUGUUAUUGUAAUUACCACACCUAACUCAGACUUCAACCAGCUUUUUCCAAACUUCUCUGGCAUGCGACACUGGGAUCACAAGUUUGAGUGGAGCAGACAAGAGUUUCAGAGCUGGUGUGAGGAGAUCUGCAAGAAUCAUCCAUACACUGCUGAAUAUGGAGGGAUAGGAGAGCCUCCCCCUGGGUCAGAGCAUCUUGGACAUUGUUCACAAUCAGCUGUAUUCGUUAGGAAAUUAUCCGUUCCAAAAAUCGACCACUCAGGUUCAGUUACUAACAACUAUAAGUUGAUCACAGAAUCAGUGUACCCCUUCGUAGAGAAUAAAAUGUCCGAAGAUGAAACUGUUUCAAUGGAGAUAAAUUAUCAGUUAAGGCAAUAUAGAAAUAUGUGCAGUGAGGAGUACAGAAAUUGUAUUACUGGCUCAGGAUCUAGUGGGAACCAGAAUUGUUUUACUUCCUCUGAACAGUUUAGUGAUAGCAGAAAUUUGAACUUUAGACCUGAAAAUGAGGGGAACCAGCCAGAAGAUUCACUUGGUACUACAGGUUGUCCAGAUUGUGCUAAGAAUGAUAAAAAGUUGGAUAUAACUGAGCGAUUGGUACCUAUCUCCUAUCUGAUGACCAGGAAAAUAAAAAGCAUACUACAACCUGAUCAGCUGAGAAAAUUCCUGCAGAGUCAUGGCUACAGACUGUCAUCAGAUUGUAACAAUGUGAUAAUAUCUGUUGAAGAACACCAGUCUGACAGUGAUGAUGACAAGGGUUAUAAUAAUGAUAAUGAUAUCGAAACAUGGCGAUCGGCCAGUGAAUCAGACCAAGCGGUGGAAUCAGAGUUACUUUGUCAGCCCUCGUUCAGUUUAAAUGAAGCUCUUCAGUGUGAAUCUUGGGACUGAGUUUAACAUUUUAUUGUCUCUUAUUAUGAUCAGUAUUCACAAAUAUUAUGUUGUUCCUGUUUUUAGCUCACCUGAGCACGAAAUGGUGAGCUUUAGUGAUUGCCCUGUGUCCAUCGUCUGUCAUCGUUCGGUCGUCCGUCCGUCCAUCCAUCCAUCGUCAACAGUUUGACUGUUAACACUCUAGAUGUCACAAUUUUGGCCCAAUCUUUAUGAAACUUGGUCAGAAUGUUACCCUCAAUAAAAUCUUGGACGAGUUCGAUACUGGGUCAUCUGGGGUCAAAAACUAAGUCAUUAGGUCAAAUCAAAGGAAAAGCUUGUUAACACUCUAGAGGUCACAAUUUUGGCCCAAUCUUAAUGAAACUUGGUCAAAAUGUUACCCUCAUUGAAAAAGGUCACCAGGUCAAAUCAAAGGAAAAGCUUGUUAACACUCUAGAGGUCACAAUUUUGGACCAAUCUUAAUGAAACUUGGUCAGAAUAUUACUCUCAAUAAAAUCUUGGAUGAGUUUGAUAUUGGGUCAUCUGGGAUCAAAAACUAGGUCACCAGGUCAAAUCAAAGGAAAAGCUUGUUAACACUGUAGAGGCCACAUUUAUGACUAUAUCUUCAUGAAUCUUGAUCAGAAUGUUAAUCCUGAUGGUCUCAAGGUCCAGUUUGAAUCUAGGUCAUGUAGGAUCAAAAACUAGGUCACCAGAUCAAAUCAAGGGAAAAGCUAGUUAACACUGUAGAGGCCACUUUUAUGACCAUAUCUUAAUGAAACUUGGUCAGAGUGUUGAUCUUGAUGAUAUAUAGGUCAAGUUCAAAUCUGGAUCAGGUGGGAUCAGAAACUAGGUCACUAGGUCAAAUCAAAUGAAAAGCUUGUUAACACUCUAGAAGCCACAUUUAUGACUGUAUCUUCAUGAAACAUGGUCAGAAUGUUAAUCUUGAUGAUCUUUAGGUCAAGUUCGAAUCUGGGCCAUGUGGGGUCAAAAACUAGGGCACCUGAUAAAAUCAAAUGAAAAGCGAGUUAACACUUUAGAGAUCACACUUAUGACCAUAUCUUUAUGAAACUUGGUCAGAAUGUUAAUCUUGAUGAUCUUUAGGUCAGUAGGUCAGGUGAGCGAUAUAGGGCCUUCAUGGCCCUCUUGUUAUUUUAGAAUUAUACUGUAAAAGCAGAAAUGUUCGCGAGGGUUUAAUUUUCACUAUAUCCGUGAGGCCCUACAUCAUGUAAAAAUUAAUCCUCACAUAAAUAUUCACCAUAAGUAUAAUUCAGAUUCAAGUGCGAUCCCAUUUUUACAAUUUCACGAAUAUUAAACCUUGCGAACCUACUCAAAAUUUCAAAUUCGCGAAAUUUUGACCCAGCGAAAAUAUGUGCUUUUAUAGUAUCUUGAGAAAAUUUAGUUAUGCAACAAAUCUUUGUAUUGCAAGUUUCUUCCCAUAUUCACAAAAGUAUUAUAAUGAUUUGUUAGUGAUGUUGUGCGAUUUUGUUUUAAGUAUAUUUUAUAUAAAACAGAAUAAA